GAAAGAAAACAAAAUGAAUUGAAAGAAAAAGCAAACGGUUCCAACCUCAGCAGAAAGUCAGGACACUUGUGAACUGGCCUAGCAUACAAAUGUGCUAGACGGGAAACCCAGCAGAUUCGAACGGCCGCUCUUUACGAUGCGGUGCGUUGGUUAACAACUGGGCCAAGCGGCCUGACUUGGGAAUUAGAGUGGCGGAAGUGAUAUGUGUAGGUGGGGUGGGGUGUUAAUGAGAUUGCGCUUACUUAGUCGGGCAUGUGUUACCCUGGGUGUGUGAAAGUGGAAACAACUGGUGGCAUCGCACGCCUUCUUUUUGUUUCUAGGCGAUAGCGCCUUCCACGUCCACCCUGCCCAAGGCAGUUCCGAUCCUUUCUUCCUCCUCUCGCUCUUUCAACCUCACACUGUUCUCUCCUGUCACCACCACCCAUUGCAAAACAACAACCGCAUGUACCGCCCCGAUGGAGCUCGGUUGGGCAUUCAAGUCGCUGCGCUACAAGCUCCACCCGGAUCUGCUUGAAAGUGUCGACAGGCUGGGGGUGAAGAACAUGACCGCUGUCCAGCAGAAGAUGCUCACCAUGCCGACCUACACGGAGGACUGUCUUGUCAACACCGCAACUACCCGUGGCAGGGCCGCUGCCUACCUGCUCCCGGCGCUUCACACGCUUCUCGAGCGCAGGUCUGGCAGCGUGCCCCAGAUCGAGAUUGUGGUGCUGGCCUCCUCCGACCUUCGUGCCAUGCACAUUGAGGACAUAUGCAACUACCUCACCAGCGCCUGCAGGCAAAAGGUUACAUGCUACCGAGUCGACAAUCACGAUAAAUCUGGCAUCCAGGCCAAGUUUGAGCAGGCCGGUGAAGCUGCCGACGUGGUGGUAGCGACUCCUGCUGGACUUCACGCUCUGUUCAGUGGACGCACCACAGCUCGCGUGCACUUCACCGGCCUACGCACGCUCAUCCUUGAAGACAUUGAUGAGAUGGUGAUUGCGGGGAUGACAGCCACAGUCGCUGACAUUUUGCACGCGCUUCCCCCGAAAUUCCUCGCCGGUUGGCAGACCAUAUGCUUGAGUAAGAGGAUUGAACCGAGCUUGGAGGCAUUUCUCGAUCUCGUUCUCGCAAGGGAAUGCCUCUGUCUUUCCCUCAGACCAGAAGACGAACCCUACAUCAAGCAGCAAUCUGUUCUGCUUAGACUGCCCGUCCAGACGAGACCUGUAAUCCCAUGCAGUCAGCCUCAGCCCAUGGCUCUGGCAACUCUUGACCAGCCUCAGCCUAUGGCACCGGGAACCCACAACAAUCAGCAACUAGUUCGUAGCCAAAUGUUCUCUCUCACAGAAAACCUGUCUGCGCAACAGGAGCCCGCAAACCCCGGCCUGGACACUGCUACCACUUCCGUCUGGCGGCCACUUGUGCAGACGUUUUCUGUGCUUGAGGACGUCGAGCUUGACGAGCCUAAGGUGAAGGCCAUAGAAGAAGUCCUCGAGACGGUUCCAGCCGCAAGGGAGGACUGGGACCUUUUGCGCAGGCUGGUGAAGAUAGCAUCGUUGACUGAAAUCCCGCACUUCAACAUCACGGUGCCAUACGUAGGCGACAUGUUUGCUGCCCUCCGCAGUCUGAUCACUGUGGAGAGCGAACGGGUUGGCAGAACCACCUUCAAGGCCCUCGUGAUCAGCAGCAUCACACCUCUCCUGUGGCACCUAUUCUCAGGUCCUGAGAACGGAAUGGGCACCAGGCUGGUUCAAGAUCUUCCAAUUUAUCGGAUCCACCCAGAGAUGACGAAAGCUGCACGCGAUGCCAUGCGAAGGGGCUUUAGCGCUUGCAAGAAAGGCCUGCUCUUCGCAACAGAUGUCCCGGAGGUGAGAUACGUCGCGCUUGGGGUUCGGAUCAUUCUGCCAUCAAGCAGGCAGCCGUACGCGCACAUGGAGAGCAUCGCAGGGCCCAACGUCAAGGCAGGCAAAGUUGUUCUCUUGACAGCGAGAACAAGCCGCGAGCCGAGCGGACGGGCCCAGCUGGAGCCGUCCUACAAAGAGUAUCCGUAAGUGACGUGGCCAGCUCGUGUGAUGUGUACAGAGUUUCUACUAAGACGUUGGUUUUGUCAGGCUCGCGCUGCUGGAGCGGCACAUGCAGGAGUCGCGCCAGCUCCUGAACGACCGCUCGAAGAAACACCAGCAGGCUGUCAGGGACCAAGCUAGAGAGUUCUUGC